GUUUUAGCUCUCGCCGCCGCCGCCGCCCCCGCGCCAGAGAAGUGAGGUCUUAGCUCCGCCUCCGCCGCCAAGUGAAGUAGCCGGAGAGAUGGGGAAGAAGCAGAAGAAGCCGGGGAAGGGGAAGGAGAAGACGGAGCGUAAGACGGCCAAGGGAGAGGAGAAGCGCGCCCGCCGCGAGGCCGGUAAGGUCGGCGAGGAGGACGACAUCGACGCCAUCCUCAAAAACAUACAGAAGGAGGAAGCAAAGAAGAAGGAGGUUCAUGUGGAGGAGAAUGUCCCUGCGCCAUCUCCCAGGUCCAAUGGCUCGCUUACCAUAAACCCAUCAAAAGAUACAGAACUGAUUCUGUAUGGUGGAGAGUUGUACAAUGGUAGCAAGACCUUUGUUUAUGGUGAUCUUUAUCGUUACGAUGUAGAGAAAAAUGAGUGGAAGUUGGUAUCUAGUCCUAACAGUCCACCUCCACGAAGUGCUCACCAGACAGUUGCAUGGAAAAAUAACGUAUACAUGUUUGGUGGGGAAUUUACUUCACCAAACCAAGAACGUUUUCAUCAUUACAAGGACUUCUGGACACUGGAUCUCAAAACAAAUCAAUGGGAACAAAUUCUUGCUAAGGGAUGUCCAAGUGCACGUUCAGGACAUAGAAUGGUCCUUUACAAGCACAAGAUUGUGCUAUUUGGUGGCUUCUAUGACACUCUUAGGGAAGUGAGGUACUACAAUGAUCUGCAUGUUUUUGAUUUGGAUAAUUUCAAGUGGGAGGAAAUUAAGCCUCGUCCUGGGUGUCUGUGGCCAAGUCCAAGAAGUGGCUUUCAGCUUGUUGUUUACCAAGAUCAGAUAUAUAUGUAUGGUGGAUACUUUAAAGAAGUUUCUUCUGACAAAAAUGCAUCAGAAAAAGGAACAGUUCAUGCAGAUAUGUGGUCCCUUGAUCCUCGUACUUGGGAGUGGAAUAAGGUUAAGAAGACUGGGAUGCCACCUGGUCCCAGAGCUGGGUUUUCAAUGUGUGUUCACAAGAAAAGGGCUGUCCUUUUUGGUGGCGUAGUAGAUAUGGAAGUUGAAGCUGACGUCCUUAUGAGCAUGUUCAUGAACGAGCUGUAUGGAUUUCAGUUGGACAAUCACCGUUGGUAUCCUUUAGAGCUCAGGAAAGACAAGCCUGCUAAAAAUAAGACAAAGGAUAUCAAAAGAAAGGAAACAGCAAAUGAUUCAGAAAGUAAUAUUGGUAAUGAGGACGAUGAUACCAUGGACUACUCAGAAGAAGCUACUGAUGUUCAAUCUGAAGUUGGUGGAGUUUCUAAUCACUUGACCAAGAGUCUAACCUUAACUAAAGUUGGCUCAAGCCAAAACUCUGAUGCCAUGUCUGAUUCAACAGAACAAGAAGCAAUCCCAGAGGCAAUUAAGCCCAUUGGUCGUAUCAAUGCAUCAAUGGCUGUAGGGAAAGAUACACUAUACUUAUAUGGAGGAAUGAUGGAAGUGAAAGAUAGAGAAAUUACUCUUGAUGAUUUGUAUUCACUUAACCUUAGCAAGCUAGAUGAGUGGAAGUGUAUCAUACCGGCAUCUGAAUCUGAAUGGUUAGAAAUGUCCGAUGAUGAUGAUGAGGAUGAGGAUGAGGACGAUGAAGAUGAUAGUGGAGAUGAUGCUAUGCAGACAGAUGAAGACGAGGAGGAGUCCGAUGAAGAGGCUGAGAAGAAUGAAGCUGUGUCUGGUGCUGUGUCUCUACUGAAGGGGGAACGUAAGAAACUGCGCAGAAAAGAGAAACGUGCCCGGAUAGAACAAAUCAGGGUUAUCCUCGGUCUUUCUGACUCUCAAAGGACACCAACGCCAGGAGAGUCACUGAGAGAUUUCUACAAGAGAACAAAUAUGUACUGGCAAAUGGCUGCCUACGAGCACACUCAACACACCGGAAAGGAGCUCCGCAAGGAUGGCUUUGAUCUUGCUGAAACUCGAUUCAAGGAACUGAAACCCAUCCUCGAUGAGCUGGCCGUGCUGGAGGCCGAACAAAAGGCGGAGGAAGAGGCGAGUGCGUCGACUGGUUCCAAGAAAGACCCGAAGAAAGGUAAACAGAAGAGCGCGGGAAGAUAGCUUUGGUUCUAGAAACAGGGUUUUGCUUUUGCUCCGGAGUGAGCCAAAAUUAAAGGACCAAAUCUUCCGGUGUUUGGGCCGAUAGUGUAGAUCUUCUCAUGACUUUUUAUGCCAUCAGAAAAUGAGUGAGACACUCGAAGAGUUUUGUAAUGUGUGCAGUACAUUUUUGUUUAUACUUCUCAUAUGAAUUGGGAAGGUGCAUUCACCAUAUAUGCUAUGCAUGCUGGUGUUAAGUGUAUCCUUCAUUGUACGUACUAGCUUGACGAUUAUAUGCACAUGUUUUCGAAA